AUGCUUGGUGUGGAAAUUGUGGACUUACAUAAUGAGCUCAAGUAUUUGAAAUCAGUGGUCAAAGAGACCCUCAGGUUACACCCUCCAGCUCCACUUUUGAUUCCUAGAGAAUGUAGAGAAGCAUGUGAGAUUAAUGGAUAUCAUAUACCUGUCAAAAGUAAGGUCACUGUGAAUGCUUGGGCAAUUGGAAGAGAUCCAAACUACUAUUGUGAACCAGAGAGGUUUUAUCCAGAGAGAUUUACUGAUAGUACCAUUGACUGCAAAGGAAGUAAUUUUGAAUACAUUCCAUUUGGUGCUGAAAGAAGAAUAUGCCCGGGCAUCAAAUUAGGCUUAAUAAAUGUUGAGCUGGCCCUUGCAUAUUUGCUGUAUCACUUUGAUUGGGAGCCUCCUAAUGGAGUGAAAUGUGAGGACUUGAACAUGACUGAGCAAUUUGGAGUGACGUUAGAAGAAAAAAUGAGCAGCAAUUGAUUCCUAUUGCUUCUAGUUAUUUGCAUGAAGAACAUAAAUAACACAACCAGAAGUUAUAACUUUUGAUAAUGGUCACUAUCUUUUGAAAUGAAGCAUUGUCCAUCUUUGUUGAUUCCAGUAGAGUUGAAUGCAAAAUCCAUGAUGAAAAAAAUGAGAGAUUUUGCUGUGAAUGUUAAUUGAAUAAUUU